AUGAGCGGCGAAAAUAUCUAUAACUUGAUAGAUGCGGUGGCUCCCGUGGUUGAAGGACCCUAUACAGGGAAGUAUGAAAAGCAUAUGAAGGAAAUACCAAAGCCAGCAUACUCAACGUUUACUGAUAAGAAGAAAGAAUAUGAUGGGACGCACCCUCGUUACUUCAAACAACGUGAUGCGGUGAUGGGUCCAAUUGUAAACGAUUCCGUGGACCCAAAGAACUUUCUUCGAGCUGGCGAAGGUGUGAAGUAUUGUGUUCCACCUUCCCACGAGAAGAAAAUAUUUACUAAACCCACAUUGGACCAUGGAGCCGAGAAACUCCGCAAUGGAAAGGGUUUAGGACGUCAGGCGCAUCUUGGUGGUGCUUUUCCAGAGAACACAAAAAUUGGCCGUAAUUCUCCUCUGGAUGGGUCAUGCAAUGGUGAAGGGAGUCACACACAGGAACAGAGGGGACCUUGUGGUAAUAAUACGGAUAGAAAUGAAACACAAGAAGGAUUGGGAGGAUCGGGUGCUCCAGGCAACGCACGAACGAAAGAUGACGGGGUAUUUCCCAGAUCCUCAGGAGGCCUGGAGCAAGGACACAAUGGAGGCGCUGGAAAUUAUCCUGGUGGUCAUGAGACGACUGGGGAUGAUUCUUUGCGUGUUGGAAAUACAGCGGAUGCUGUAUAUGCGUUAGGAGCUCUUGAUGGAAAGAAGGACUUCGUUACCUCAAACAUCAUACAAAUGAAUAACAUGGUGCCAAAACGAAGGAAGGAUCAGCCGGAGCAUCCCACUUCCCGAAAGACAUUCGCGCAGGUCCCAAACUACCUUGGUCGCGUUAAGAAGGAGAUCGAUGAUGAAAAGAUGCAUUUCAAAGCUAUUGAGGAAGCACAAAUAUGCCAGAGGCAACAGCAGUUGGCAAAAUUUGUAUAUCGCUUGGAUGAAAAAGAACGUGUAGAGUUGAUCAACAACCUCAAAAAAAAGCUGAAUGAUAAGAGCAGUGAGUUGAACAAAAUGCCUUUUGUCAAGGACACCUUUACACAGGUGAAGCGACGAGCCGAGUUAGAAAGGGACAUAAAAGAAAUUGAAAGUGCCCUUGUGAAAUUAGACAAAGACGCCAUUUUCGUUUACAAAGAUGACCCGAGAUUUGUCGGCUGGACGAAGGAUGCCGCCCUCGAAGAAGCUCGUCGCUUUGCUUCUCAGCCGAAAGCUUGA